CACGCGCGCACAUGUGCGUGAUGACGUCCACGCCGGCGGAGAUUUUAAAAUUCGAACGGCGGCGGCGGGUGGAGGUAGAAACUGGAGAUUGGCGGCCGCUCUUCUGUAUAGUAGACGAUUGCACGGGUUGCAAAAAUUGGGUCCCUGGAUCACAUCAGGAAACUGGAAGAAAGGUCAUAAGCAUGAAGCGCAGUUCAGUUUCCACUGGUGGUGCUGGCCGCCUCUCCAUGCAGGAUUUAAGAUCCCAGGACUUAAAUAAACAAAGCCUCCAUACCCCUCAAACCAAAGAGAAACCAGCCUUUGGAAAGCUGAAUUUAAACAAACCCACUUCUGAAAGAAAAGUCUCUAUAUUUGGUAAAAGAACUAGUGGACCUGGAUCCCGGAAUAGUCAAUUUGGUGUAUUUUCCAGUUCUGAAAAAAUUAAGGACCCACGACCACUUAAUGAUAAAGCAUUCAUUCAGCAGUGUAUUCGACAACUCUGUGAGUUUCUUACAGAAAAUGGUUAUGCAUAUAGUGUAUCCAUGAAAUCUCUACAAGCUCCUUCUGUUAAAGACUUCCUGAAGAUCUUCACUUUUCUUUAUGGCUUCCUGUGCCCUUCAUAUGAACUUCCUGACACAAAGUUUGAAGAAGAGGUUCCAAGAAUCUUUAAAGAUCUUGGGUAUCCUUUUGCAUUAUCCAAAAGCUCCAUGUAUACAGUGGGGGCCCCUCAUACAUGGCCUCACAUUGUGGCUGCCUUGGUUUGGCUAAUAGACUGCAUCAAGUUACAUACUGCUAUGAAAGAAAGCCCACCUUUAUUUGAUGAUGGACAUCCUUGGGGAGAAGAAACUGAAGAUGGAAUUAUGCAUAAUAAGCUGUUUUUGGACUACACCAUAAAAUGCUAUGAGAGUUUCAUGACUGGUGCUGACAGCUUUGAAGAGAUGAAUGCAGAAUUGCAGUCAAAGUUGAAGGAUGUAUUUAAUGUAGAUGCUUCCAAGCUGGAAUCAUUAGCAGCAAAAAACAAAGCAUUGAAUGAACAGAUUGCAAGACUGGAACAAGAAAGAGAAAAAGAACCGAAUCGUCUAGAGUCACUAAAAAAACUGAAAGCUUCCUUACAAGCAGAUGUUCAAAAAUAUCAGGCAUACAUGAGCAAUUUGGAGUCUCAUUCAGCCAUUCUUGACCAUAAAUUGAGUGGUCUUGAUGAAGAAAUUUCUAGAGUAGAACUAGAAUGUGAAACAAUGAAACAGGAGAAUGCUCGACUACAGAAUAUUGUUGAUAACCAGAAAUACUCAGUCGCAGACAUUGAAAGAAUAAAUCAUGAAAGAAAUGAAUUGCAGCAGACCAUUAAUAAAUUAACCAAGGACCUGGAGACAGAACAACAGCAGUUGUGGAAUGAGGAACUAAAAUAUGCCAGAGGCAAAGAGGCGAUUGAAACACAAUUAGCAGAGUAUCACAAGUUAGCUCGAAAAUUAAAACUUAUACCUAAGAGUGCUGAGAAUUCCAAAGGUUAUGACUUUGAAAUUAAAUUUAAUCCUGAAGCUGGUGCCAACUGCCUUGUCAAAUACAGAGCUCAAGUUUAUGUACCACUCAAGGAACUCUUGAACCAAACUGAGGAAGAAAUUAAUAAAGCUCUAAAUAAAAAAAUGGGGCUAGAGGACACUUUAGAACAAUUAAAUACAAUGAUAACAGAAAGCAGGAGAAGUGUAAGAACUUUGAAAGAAGAAGUUCAAAAGCUGGAUGAUCUUUACCAACAAAAAGUUAAGGAAGCUGAGGAAGAAGAUAAAAAAUGUGCCAAUGAGCUGGAGUCCCUGGAGAAACACAAGCACCUGCUGGAGAGUGCUGUUAAUGAGGGCCUCAGUGAAGCUGUGAAUGAAUCAGAUGCUAUUCAGUGGGAGUACCAACUGGUUGUGCAAACCACAACUGAAGAAAGACGAAAAGUGGGAAAUAACUUGCAGCGUCUCUUAGAGAUGGUUGCUACACACGUGGGGUCUGUGGAGUGCAAGUCAGAAGAACAUGAUAAGAUGAAAAGUAAGCAAUAUUCUAUGGGAACUCAGAAUGGAAUUCCAGCAAAGUUUUAUGAAAGGAAGGCAUUCAGCCAGAGAGAGCUGAAUGAACAGACUGGUCAUAGUUAAUGGAUAACUCCCAGAUCUGACAAGAUUAAUAGUCACCAGUGUAUUCAAAAAUCUUGACUACUGACAUCCUGUAGAACUUUCUCUAGUGAUGGAAGUACUCGAUCUGUGCUCUCCAUUAUGGCAUCAGCCAUGUGUAUCUAGUGUGGACUCAAGUGACACGUUUAUGACAAAUAACACAAGCUUUGCCACUAAACACAGUGUGGAAACAGUGGGAGCGCCAUCAGCCCACUUGCUCACUAAAAAUGCAGACUUGGCCCCACGCCAGACCUACUAAAUCAGAAUCUGCACUUUUUGUAGUGUAUUGACAUAGCUAUGUAUUUAAGCUUCUCAUAAGUUUUGACAUAUAUACACCCAUAAAAUCAUCCCAUCUAAUAAAGAUGUCACGACUAAAAGUUUCCUUGUGGUCCUUUGCAAUCCUUUCUCUUGCCCCACACCCAUCAUCAGGCAAACACUGGUCUCCUUUCUGUUACUAUAGAUUCAUUUGCAUUUUCUAGGAUUUUAUAUAAAUAAAAUCAUAGAGUAUGUAUACUUAUAUAGCUUCUUCCAUUCAGUAUUUUGAGAUACACAUUGUACUAUAUAUUAGUAAUCUGUUCCUUUUUAUUGCUAAGUGUUCCAUUAUAUAUGAAUACAUUGAGUUUGUUAAUUCAUUCACCUCUUGAUGAGCAUUGG